GAAACUGUAAAAAUCUUGUCAAAACACUUUCAGAAGUUUUGAAACGUCAAUAUCACAACGUUGGAAAGAACCGAAUACGAAAAGAGUUAAAUGGGAGACCACAAAGCUGAAAUUAAAAAUGAACUCGCCAGAAAGCGAAGAACGCAGUCCAUUCUGGUUAAAUGCGGAGGAAGUGGAGAUGCUAAUUCACCCACACUGCAGUCGCUCAUGAAGACGUACCUUACCGAAGACAUGAUGGAUAAAUUCAAAAUUAAAAACUCCAAGAGACAAUACAUCAGACAAAUACUCUGCGAACAAGCUAAGCAACAAGGCGACAAAGCCAGCAAGAAAAAGGUCCUCGAACUAACACCAGUGGUACCAGAGAAAAAUAUGUCCCACCAGAUGAUGGUGGAGUAUGCCCAGAAGCUUCCAACCUACAGAAUGGACCGUCAUAUGUUGGCCAAUAUAAGGAAGAUGGUUGGAAGAAAGGCAAUUCUGUAUCCCCAAAAAGUCGAGGAUAUGCUGGCGGAAACCAGGGAGAAUUUUUAUUAUGUCACACAUUUAAGUGGUGUGAAUAUGAAGACCAAACCUGUGGAUAAUGUCACUACAAGGUGUAAACCAGAACCUUACAAGUUCAUGGGGAAAAGUGAGAGGUACAAUAAAUUCCUGAGGAACAAGCAGAGACUACGACAAAGGUUUGCACUGCACCUUCCUCUGAUCAGAAGAAUACUAUUGGAGUGUAGGACAAACCUGCCAGAAUAUAUAGUGCAUCUUAGUACUUACCGUAAAGGAUUACAUGAUCUUAUUGAACUGUCUAUGAUAUUCGACGAUUUGACCGAGCAAGCACAUAAAACACUGCAAAUUUUCCAAGUAAAUAUGAUCGAUAUAAUGGAAACGGAUAAGACUAAGCCUAGGAUUUCUGAGAAUAGGUACUAUGAUAUAUGCUCUGGUUUGCUGAGCGUCUACAUAUCCAAGACCAUAGCUAGGACACUCGAACAUAUAAUUCAUAUCACUGGAAACCCAAGAGGUAUACCUUUCCUACUGUUAACUUUGAGAUUCGAGGAACGACUGGUUCUGAAACCUUCAGCUGAGGAAACGAUACAGGUUUACAAGGAAUUCAUGAGGAAAUUAGUGCAGGUUGGUAGACUGUACGAGACGGUUAAAAAGGAUUCCUGUGGUUAUUUUCAAGAAACCCCCAUAUCUAUCUUCAUCACCCAGGAGUAUUUCGAUUCUUGCGUGGAUCGUAUGUCUGAAAACAUUCGGAAAAUGUACGAGCCAGUGUUGAAGUUCACCAGCGAAUUGGAUAAGCAAUUCUGUGACAUAUACGAGGUUAUAAAUGCGGGUGCUGUUAAGAGGGAAGAGGAAUUUUCUUUCCAGAUGGGAUGCAAACUAAUCGAUCAUUAUAAAGAGUAUUUCCAGAAGGCGCAGUUGAUAAGAUGUGACGAGUAUUUUGCCAUUGGAGAACUCUCGAUAAACGAAUACCUCAGAACUCUCCGAGAUUCGAUACUUCUGGUCGCAGAAGAUCUUUUCCUCCGACUCUGCGCCCUCCACCAAUGGGAAAACGAGGACAUAAUAGAAUCCUUCCGUAUGAUCGAGACGAGAGCUUUGCAAGUGCCAAAAACGACUGAAGAGCUAAUCGAACAAGGCAAGUAUGUUGUCCAGGUGAAAGCCAUCCUUUUGGAGCAACUGACGGAAAGGAUCCAGGCCAGCUUGAAAAACUUGAUCAUCCUCAUGGAUUAUGGAAACUUAACGAAAGAGCACAUGGAAUUGAAUUCCGACACCAUCAACUGGCUGAAGAAAAUCGGGAAAAUUCUGGAUAGAAAUUCGGAAGUUUUCGAGCAGCUCAAGUACGAAGCCGAGGAAUUUCUUCACAAGACUAUGGACGAAGUGAAGGUAAGGGUGAGAAGUCUCGCUCCAAAAUUGGUGAUUUUCGACGCCAUGGAUGACUUUCAACAGGCCAGGCAAUACUUGAAUACCAUGGCAUCCAUAAUGGUCGAACUUCGAGAAAUCGAAGAGAAAAUCAACUGGAUCAGCAAGGAAGAAGGAUACCUAGGAUUCAAGCCUUCUUUUUAUCCAGAAUAUACGGAGAUCAUCAAGUUUGUGUAUCCCUUUUAUCAUCUGAUCAAAGUGUGCAAAGACCUGAAGAGGAAACUGCUGGUAUGGUUAGAUGGACAGUUCGAAUUCUUGAUUUUUGAAGAAUCGGAACAACUACUGGACGACUUCUCCAAGGAAUACCUGAAACAGCAGAAGUACUACAGGAGCGAAGUGAGACAGAGGCAGAUAGAUAAGGCUCAGUUUCAGUUUCAAGGUCUUGUGGAUGACGUGGACGAAUUUAAACAACCUUCACCAAUAAAAUUGAUUUCCCAAGCAUUGCAAGAAAUAAAAAAAUUCAGACCAGCCAUGACGAUGAUGAGAAUAAUGUGCAAUCCAGCGCUUAUGGAUCGACACUGGAAGGAUAUGUCCGAUAUUGCUGGUUUCAACCUGACCCCUGACGCUGGAACAAGCCUGAGGAAGAUGAUGAAAUUAGGUUUGGAACCUGAUAUCGAUCAAUACGAAGUCAUCAGUAUUGGCGCAACGAAAGAACGGGAGCUGCUGAACAACCUCACCAAAAUGCAGAACGAGUGGAAGGAAAUCAUGUUCAAGAUCAGUAGUUACAAGGAAACAAACCUUCCCAUUCUCACAGCCUUAGACGACAUCCAAGUAGUACUAGACGAUCAUAUAGUGAAGGCACUAACCAUGAGAGGUUCAGUGUUUGUUAAACCAUACGAGAACGAGGUUAAGACUUUCUACGAGAAGAUAUUGAGGAUAAACAAAACCAUAGAUGUUCUUGGAAAAGUCCAGUCACAAUGGCUCUACCUCCUUCCUAUCUUCUCGUCUAAGGACAUAGUGAGCCAGAUGCCAGAGGAAGGUCUGCUCUUCAAAGAGGUGAACGAUACCUACAGGAGAUUCAUGGAUCAAGUAGUGAAAGAACCGAUGGUAUUUCAAACAGCUGGAGCUGUUGGAGUUUACGAAAUCAUGGUACACUGUUUGGAACUUCUAGAGGAGAUAAACGAAGGUGUUACGGCUUAUUUGGAGAGGAAGAGAUUGUAUUUUCCACGUUUUUUCUUCCUUUCAAACGACGAGAUGCUGGAGAUACUCUCGGAAACGAAGGAUCCGUUGAGGGUCCAACCGCAUCUGAAGAAGUGCUUCGAAGCUAUAGACAAGUUGGACUUCGAUGAGGUUCUACAAAUUCACGAAAUGAUAAGCGGUGAAGGUGAAAGGGUGAAAUUGAAGAAUGUUAUCAACACCAAGGAAGCCGGUGGCAGCGUUGAGAAAUGGCUGGUUUGGGUGGAAGAACAGAUGGUCCUAUCGGUUCGGGAUCAGAUUCUCAAAAGUAACAAGAACUACUCCAUGAUGCCAAGGACCCAGUGGGUGCAAAAGUGGCAGGGCCAGAUAGUCCUUGCAGUUUCCCAGAUCCACUGGACCAGCAAUGUGCAUAAAGCUCUGAACAGGUUUGAGGGUAUGGACGUCGUUUCUUUCUUCGAGAAUUUGAAGGAGCAGUUACAGGAGAUCGUGGCUCUGAUCAGAGAUCCAAGCCUCUCGAUGCUAUCCAGAAUCACCAUAAAGGCUCUGAUUGUUAUCGAUGUUCACGCGAAAGACGUUGUGGAGGAUUUGGUGAACCAUGAAGUCAAAGACGACAGGGAGUUCAAAUGGUUGUCUCAGCUGAGAUACUACAUCCAAGAAGACGAAUGUGUUGUGAAACUCAUCAAUGCCUCAGUGAAUUAUGCCUAUGAAUACUUGGGCAACACUGACCGCCUCGUGAUCACUCCCCUGACAGAUAGGUGCUACAGGACCUUGAUAGGUGCCUAUCAUCUUCAUCUGAAUGGUGCUCCUGAGGGUCCUGCAGGCACCGGAAAAACCGAGACUACGAAGGACCUGGCUAAAGCCUUGGCAGUGCAGUGCGUGGUAUUCAACUGCUCAGAUGGCCUGGACUACAGGGCCAUGGGAAAGUUCUUCAAGGGUCUGGCUUCUUGUGGAGCUUGGGCUUGCUUCGACGAAUUCAAUAGGAUUGAUAUAGAGGUCCUGUCAGUGGUGGCACAGCAGAUUUUGUCUAUCAUCAUGGCGGUAAGAGCGAACGUUAAGACUUUCAAUUUCGAAGGGACAGAACUGAAACUGAAUCCAAACUGCUACGUUUGCAUAACUAUGAAUCCUGGAUAUGCUGGAAGGUCUGAACUACCUGACAACUUGAAGGUUCUCUUCAGAACUGUCGCCAUGAUGGUUCCUGAUUAUGCCAUGAUCGGAGAGAUAUCCCUUUAUUCAUUCGGAUUUAUAGACGCCAGAAACUUAUCUGUCAAGAUAGUCACUACCUACAGGCUAUGUUCUGAGCAACUCAGCUCGCAAAACCAUUACGAUUAUGGAAUGAGAGCUGUAAAAUCGGUUUUAUCGGCAGCAGGUAACAACAAGAGGAACUUCCCUAAUCAGAAAGAAUCUAUACUCCUCCUUAGAGCCAUCAUCGACGUCAAUCUCCCAAAAUUCCUGACCCAUGAUCUACCUCUCUUUGCCGGAAUAAUAUCCGAUCUCUUUCCCGGCAUAAAAUUACCCAAAGCUGAUUACACUGAGCUCACGAAAGCGAUGACCAAGUGCGCCAAAUCCAUGAACUUACAGCCCGUGGAUUGUUUCCUAGAGAAGAUCAUCCAGACCUACGAGAUGAUGAUCGUCAGACAUGGUUUCAUGAUAGUGGGAGGUACCUUUGCCGGCAAGACUUCCACGUUGAAGUUGCUUGCAAGCUCUCUGACUCUGAUGAAGAGCAAGGGCCUGCCGGAAGAGGCCGUAAAAUAUCAAUUCCUGAAUCCCAAGGCGAUAACAAUGGGUCAACUUUACGGACAAUUUGAUCCAGUGUCAUACGAAUGGUUUGAUGGUGUGGUAUCGAAUACUUACAGAGGCUACACUCAAGAUUUCUCUUCAGACAGAAAAUGGAUCAUCUUCGACGGGCCAGUUGAUGCUGUAUGGAUCGAAAACAUGAACAGUGCUUUAGACGACAACAAAAAAUUAUGCUUGAUGUCCGGCGAAGUUAUGUCGAUGACCUCAUCGAUGUCUCUCAUCUUCGAAGUUAUGGACUUAGAACAAGCGUCCCCAGCGACGGUUUCCAGAUGUGGAAUGAUUUAUAUGGAACCAGUAGCAAUGGGCUGGCGACCCUUGUUCGAUUCAUGGCGUAGUACUUGCAAGGCUGAUUGGAUGAAGGACAGAAUGGAUAUAGUUGUCGCACUCUUCAAAUGGCUGGUUCCACCAUGUUUGAAAUAUAUGAAGAAGAACUGCGUUUUGUACUGCAAUCCUGGCGACAUAGCCUUGGUUAAAAAUACCAUUGUUAUAUUCGAAAUAUUCAUGAAUGAUGCCGAGAAAGGCAUUAAAAAGGAGGACGAGUGGAAAUCGAUGAGAAUAUGGAUCGAGGCAGCCUUCGUCCAAGCACUAAUCUGGGGUAUUGGUGGCAUCUUAGACACCCAAUCUAGGAUAAAAUUUGACGCCUUCCUGAAGAAUAUUCUACAGCUCAAUGAUGAGAAGAACCCCAUACCCAACGCCCUGGAAAAGUUGGAAAUGGUGCUACCUGGUGACGACCUUCUGGUGAAUUACUACUACCAUUUCCGACAGAAGGGUUUUUGGAAGCACUGCCCUGAUCUGGUGAGGGGUGAAAGGAUCGACGAAGCUUAUAAUCUGCAGCAGGUGUUGGUACCCACGGUGGAUACUAUAAAGUAUAUGAGGCUGGUGGACAAAUUGAUCAACCAUAAGAAGCAAUUUCUUCUUGUUGGACCGACUGGAACUGGAAAAAGCUUCUACAUACAAGACCAUUUACUGAAUAAGUUGAACACCGAUAACUACGAACCAGGGUUGAUAACCUUCACGGUGAAGAUCACCGCCAAUCAAACUCAAGAUUUGAUCAUUUCGAAGGUCAAUAAGAAGAGAAGAGGUAUAUAUGGUCCACCUGCUGGAAAAACCUCGGUCAUAUUCAUCGAUGAUGUCAACAUGCCUGAAAAGGAGAUUUACGGUGCUCAACCACCCAUAGAACUUCUCAGGCAGUUCUUCGACCACAAGACUUGGUUCGAUCUGAAAACCACCGAAUCGAUAACGUUGCUCGACAUACUCUUCACGGCUGCCAUGGGUUUGGUUGGAGGUAGCAGGCAAGAGGUUUACGCUAGGUUCUUGCGUCACUUUGUCAUAUUCUCUAUCAACGAGUUCUCACACGAGACUAUGGCGAAGAUUUACCAGAAUAUCCUUCUACUGGGGUGGAAGAAUAAUGGGUUUCCUAGCGAUGUCAUCACCCAGGUCAACACGACAGUUGCCGCCAGCCUGGAGAUCUACAAGAGUGCAAUAGACAACCUCCGGCCAACACCCUCCAAGAGUCACUACGUGUUCAAUCUGCGCGACUUUUCCAGGCUCAUUUUCGGAUGUGCGAUGUUGAGGAAGGAGUCGAUCACGGAAGAAGUAGGAAGGAAGAUGUUCCCGAAGAUCUGGACGCACGAGGUGCUGAGGGUGAUAUACGACAGGCUCAUCGACGAUUCCGAUAAGAACUGGCUGCUGGAGAAGGCCAAGCAGGUGAUAAAAGACGUUUUCAGGGAGAGCUUCGAGAUGGUGUUCGAUAAUCUGCCGAAAGAGGAAAACGGAGAGAUUUCACAGGAAUCCUUCAAGCAGCUCAUGUUUGGCUCGUAUUUUGACUUGGACGCAGCAGAAGAGGAGAGAAGAUACGAGGAAUGCACCAACAUCUCGAUCUUCUUCGAACUGGCCAGAAAUUUUCUGGAUGAAUACAACAGCACGCACAAAACGAAGAUGGACAUUGUUCUCUUCGAUUACGCUCUAGAACAUCUCUCUAAGAUAUGCAGAAUUUUGACCAUGCCUUCUGGAAGUGGCUUACUCGUGGGUAUCAGUGGAUCUGGAAGGCAGUCUUUGACGAGACUUGCCAGCGAGAUUUAUCUCAUGAAGAUUUUCCAACCAGAAAUAACGAAAAACUACUCGUUGAACGAGUGGCGCGAAGAUAUCAAGAAGGUCCUGAAGGAAUCAGGGGGUAUGGGCAGAAACUGCACUUUCCUGAUAUCGGAGGGCCAAAUCAAGGAAGAAACCUUUCUGUUGGACAUCGACAGCCUGUUGAAUUCGGGGGAAGUACCGAACAUUUAUCAGAUAGACGAAAAACAAGAGAUCCUAGACAUGGUUAGGUUGGCCGCACAAGGGGGUAAUAGAAAUCUGGACGUCAGCGCGCUCAUGGUGUUCUUCUUCUUCACCAGGAGAUGCAAAGAGAAGCUACAUAUAAUCCUUUGCUUCAGUCCUGUGGGUUCUAAGUUCAGAAACAGGCUGCGAUUGUUUCCUGCUUUGACCAACUGCUGCACAAUUGACUGGUUUGACGAUUGGCCUGCCACAGCUUUGGAAGAAGUGGCCAAAAAUUGGAUCAACGAAGUCAACUUAUCAGCAGAAAUACGUUCCACUUGCAUAAUAGCAUGCAAAUAUUUCCAUGUAGAAAGCCGUCAGCUCUCCAAUGAAUUUUACACGCAGUUCCAACGGAAAACGUACAUAACAACUGCAUCUUAUUUGGAACUGAUAAAGUCUUUCACGUCUUUGACGAACAGCAAGCAAGAGGAACUCAUGAAGGCCAAGAAUAGGUACUUGGGAGGUUUGGAGAAAUUGAAGCAUGCUGCGGAAUCAAUUGCAGUAAUGCAAGAAGCCCUAGGAGAGCUUCAACCCAAGCUGGCAGAAAUGAGCGAAAAAGCCACGCAAAUGACCUUGAAGAUAGAACAAGAGACUGUAACUGUCGAAAAGGCGGCUUCCAUGGUUAGAAAAGAUGAACGAGUGGCCAACAGACAAGCUGCUGCAGCUCAAGCCUUAAAAAAAGAAUGCGAAGCAGAUCUAGCGCAGGCCAUGCCAAUUUUGAAUGAGGCUCUGGCAGCUUUGGAUACUUUGAAGCCUGCUGAUAUAACUCUGGUCAAGUCGAUGAAGAACCCUCCAGCUGCUGUUAAACUGGUGAUGGCUGCAGUUUGCAUCAUCAAGGACGUCAAACCAGAUAGAAAACCUGACCCUACAACCGGCAGAAUGACUCUCGACUAUUGGGGCCCUAGCAAGAAGGUUUUAGGAGACAUAAAUUUCCUCCAAGGACUCAGAGAUUUCGACAAGGACCACAUAAAGCCUGAAAUCAUGGCGAAGAUUCGCAAAGAAUACAUUCCCCACAAAGAUUUCAAACCGCAGAUAGUUGCUAAAGCUUCUAGUGCGGCCGAAGGCCUCUGCAAAUGGAUAAUAGCUAUGGAUCUGUACGACGACGUCAUCAAAAUCGUCGCUCCCAAAAAGGAGAAGUUGGCCAAGGCUGAAGCUGAGUUUGCCCAAACUAUGGCUAUUCUGGAUGAGAAGAGAGGACAAUUGAAGAAACUUGAAGAUGCUUUGGCUGAGUUGAAUGAGAAACUGGACGAGGCGGUGAAGCAGCAAACUGAAUUACAAGAUAACGUGAACUUGUGUAAUGACAAACUACUUCGUGCCAAGAAACUCAUUGGUGGUUUGGGUGGAGAAAAAUCUAGAUGGACGGAAGCAGCAAAUUCUUUACAGGGGAAGUACGACGGUUUGGCAGGAGAUAUUCUUCUAUCCUGCGGAAUCGUGGCCUACUUGUCGCCUUUCGACGCUCAGUUUCGACAGAGGGCAAUCAGUAGCUGGCAUUCCUUCGUCAAAAAUUACGACAUUCCGUGCGCGGAAGAAUAUGACUUGGCAACGGUGCUGGGAUCUGAGGUCACAAUACAAAAAUGGAACAUCUUCGGUUUGCCUAGAGACGCGUUUUCUAUUGAAAAUGGUAUUAUUCAAGAUAUAUCCAAGAGGUAUUCACUCUUCAUCGAUCCUCAAAGUCAGGCAAGUAACUGGAUAAAGAAAAUGGAAAAGAAAAAUUUCAUCGAAGUUGUGAAAUUCUCCUACUCUGAUUACAUGAAGAAAAUCGAAUCUUGCGUUCAAAACGGGUACCCAGUGUUGAUAGAGAGUGUUGAAGAAACUCUUGAAGCUCCCCUAGAUCCGCUGUUGUACAAAAAAGUAUUCAAACAGGCUGGUAUGGAUGUUAUAGCUCUUGGCGACAACGUCAUCUCAUUCAACCCCAAAUUUCGCCUCUACAUGUGUUCUAAACUCAGGAAUCCCCACUACCUCCCGGAAGUCUUCAACAAAGUUACAAUCAUAAAUUUCGCCCUAACGCUGAACGGCCUUCAAGAUCAGCUUCUUGGCAUCGUGGUUGCUGUUGAAAAACCCGAUUUGCAACAAUUGAAAGAAGAUCUAAUUGUGCAGAAGGCGGAUAAUAGAGCUGCUCUCUUGAAGGUGGAAGGAGAUAUCCUUCGAACGUUGGCGGAAACGAAGGGCGACAUCCUAGAGGACGAGAAAGCUAUACAGGUUCUCGACGAGUCUAAGACGUUAUCCACCGAGAUCAAUUCGAAGCAGGAGAAAUCUCUGGUGAUCGAGAAGUCGAUAGAAGAGUUCCGCCUGAAGUACCAGUCGGUAUCAGAACACUCGUCCGUUCUCUACUACUGCAUCUCGGACAUGGCCAACGUUGAUCCCAUGUACCAAUACUCCCUGGAAUGGUUCAUAAAUCUCUACAUCUCCUCGAUACAGAAGGCCGAGAAUUUCAGGCUGAUUGAGAAGAGGGUCCAGAGCCUGAUCAACGCGUUCACCUACGACCUUUACUCGAACAUCACGAGGUCACUGUUCGAGAAGGAUAAACUCUUGUUCUCUUUCCUCCUGUGCUGCAAGAUCAUGAUGCAUCACGGAAAGUUGCACACCCAGGACUUCUUAUUCCUCCUGACAGGUGGGGUGGUGGUGGAGAAUCCCCAUCCGAAUGAGACGAAAUGGCUGCCGCAGAAGUCUUGGGAUGAGCUCUGCAGGGUCCACAGCUUGAAGCAGUUCAAAGAUUUCAGAGAGUCAUUCGUGAAGGACGUCAAAUCCUGGAAGAAGAUCUACGACGACGAUAGACCCUACGCCAACGUCCUUCCAGAGCCAUGGGAAUCUCAAGCGAGCUCCUUCGACAUCCUCAUAAUAACCAGGAUACUAAGACCCGACAAACUGCUGGAAGCCAUCACCAAUUUUCUCAAGAACGAGAUGGGAGUGAAGUUCAUCACUCCCCCCCAGUUCAAUAUCGGAUUAUCCUUCGCGGAUUCCUACAAUCUGUGUCCGCUGAUUUUCAUACUAUCACCAGGUGUCGAUCCAAUGGGUCCCCUGAUCAAAUUCGCCGAAGAACAGAAGUUCACCGAAAGGUUCACCUCCAUUUCGCUCGGACAGGGUCAGGGUCCCAGGGCGCAAGCCCUAAUCGAAAACGGUACCCAGGAGGGAUGCUGGGUCUGCCUGCAAAACUGUCAUCUGGCCACGUCUUGGAUGCCGACCUUGGAGAAGAUUUUCGAGAGUUUGGAUUACGCUACCACCCACGACUACUUCAGGCUUUGGCUGACCAGUUAUCCUUCUGAGAAGUUUCCGGUUACUCUGCUGCAGAAAGGCGUUAAAAUGACCAAUGAACCACCAACUGGUCUUCAGCAGAACCUAUUGAAGUCUUAUACGACCGAUCCAGUGAAAAACAGUGAUUUUUUCUACGGCUGUCCAGAGAAACCAGAGAUGUUUGCUAGGUUACUCUACGGAACUGCCUUCUUUCAUGCCGUUGUACAAGAAAGGAGGAGUUUUGGCGCCCUUGGCUGGAAUAUCCCUUAUGGUUUCAAUGAUUCAGAUUUCGACAUCUCUGUGCAACAAUUGAAAAUGUUCAUUAACGAAAGCGAAGAUCCGUUCGAAGCUCUAUCUUACCUCAUCGGAGAAUGUAACUACGGAGGAAGAGUGACAGAUGACUGGGAUAGAAGACUGAUAGUCACAAUAUUGGCCGAUUUUCUCAAUCAAAAGUUAGCAGAGAGCGAUCAGUAUUUCUUUUAUUCAACUUCAAGUCACUAUGGAUUGCCCGAGGAAAACACCUACGAGGCAUACCUGAAUCACAUCUCAAACUUACCGCAGAUUCACCUGCCUGAAGUUUUCGGACUUCAUAAGAACGCAGGGAUAACGAGGGACUUGGAGAAUUCGAAUAUCCUGCUGAACUCCGUAUUCAGAGCUUUUGGUGGGACAUCUUCAGGUGGUAUUGAGGAUACUGACAAAUAUCUGAGAACUCUGAUAUCAGAUAUCCUUCAGAAGCUUCCCCCAAUCUUCGACCUAGAGGCGGCGAACAAAAAAUUUCCGGUUGAAUAUUCGGAAUCCAUGAACACCGUCUUGGUACAAGAGAUGGAGAGAUUCAACAAGCUGCUGAUCAAGAUAAGAAAGACGCUGAAGAAUAUGGAUAUGGCGAUCGAGGGUUUGGUGGCCAUGUCUCCUGAACUAGAGAGUUUCUCCAUGUCCCUCAUCCUGGCAAAAAUACCCUCCAGCUGGCAGAGCGUCUCCUAUCCUAGUUUGAAGAACUUGCCGGAUUAUAUUGAGGACUUCCUUAGGAGACUGAGCUUCCUGCAGGACUGGUUCGCCAAAGGUAAGCCGGACCUCUUCUGGAUUUCCGGUUUCUUCUUCACGCAAGCUUUUCUCACUGGGGUUAAACAGAACGUGGCCAGAAAGUACACCAUCCCCAUAGACAAGUUAACUUUUGAUUUUCAAGUGUUAAGCGAACAACCUCACGCCGCUCCUGAAGAUGGCUCCUAUAUUUUUGGCUUGUACACCGAUGGUGCCAGAUGGGAUGGUCGCCAAGGGAUACUAGCAGAACUUCUCCCUAAAGUGCUCCACGAUGUUAUGCCUUUGAUCUGGGUGAAGCCGAUCAAGAUGGAGGACUUGGAAAUAGGUUCAAGGUACACAAGUCCAGUGUACAAGACAUCCAACCGAAGAGGGGUCCUAUCAACAACUGGACAUUCAACAAAUUACGUUCUGCCAAUUCUUCUGGAGACGCACCAUCCAAUUUCCCACUGGAUCAAACGUAGCGUUGCCCUUCUCUGUCAACUGAACUGAGGUGUUAUCCGAUAAGAACACUUGUCACUAUAGAGUGUAGUUCUUUAAUUUGUUCUAAUCGUUGAACUUCAAUCUUUUUUUUCCACAUAUGUUAAUAUUUAUUAAUAAACUCAGAUAAUUUGAGUCUUUCAUA